AUGCCUCCCUCCACGCUACACCGCGGCAGCGAAUGGCUGUCACAGUGCAUGCGCGACGUCAAAGCCGCAAAGCUGCGGCAAACCGUUCGACCGUACUCAAACGGCACGCCCGCCGGUGAAGCAAUGCCGGUUCGCACCAUCGUUGCCACCUCCCGCAUCCACCGUGGUGAGCACCUUGGCACUGUGAAGUACGAUAGCAUCAUGACAGGAGAGCGCGCCUCACAGCUGCUGCGGCGAGCUUGUCGCGGAGUGCCGUCACAAACGGACGCGACCGCGGCAACUGGCCUCCAGCCGCUCGCCGCGCAGCGCUUUGAUGAUCUGGUCAGCCGCAUCUCAGCGCUCCCUUCGGCAGCCUCGAUGCCGCCACACCUACUGCUCUCCCGCGACGCGCUGCUCGUGACCGUGGCUCUGUAUCUCACACGCAGUCCGCUGAACGCUGACGUCCUGCCUCCCGAGAGCCCACUGCGUGUGUGGGCCGAUGCACUGCCGCGCCGACCCCCACCAAUGGGUGCACUGCUGCGCCGCAGCUUCCUCAAUCACGACGACGUCGAGCCGCUACCUCGUCGACUGCGGCUUGGGCAACGUACAACAGAAGUCGCUCCUGGUGAGGAUGUGGCGGCGGCCUCGACAGAGCUCAUGGUGCAGGCGGUGGAGCAGGGUGAGUUGGAGCUCGCUGACCUGCAGCGACCGGAGAUAGAGACAGCCCUCACGCCGACGGUGCUCACGAAUUAUUUUAAGGGGCGCAUGUCCGCCCUGACGCAGCGACAGCGCCAGUCGCAGCGGGCACGCGGCGGGGUCGCCGAAGCGGAAGAAGGCGCCCUGCACCUCUUCCUGACGUGGGAGCGGCAGCUGCAGACGCACCUUGUGGACGCCUUGCUGCCAGUGCUACUGCUCCCGUAUUGUGGGCCGUGCGCAUCCAAGUUGGAGGCAGUGCAAGACUCCGAUGUUUGGCUUGGUGAAGAAAGCGCGCUGCGCUGGGCGCACUUCAUGACUCGCUCCCGUGCGGUCAACCUGAACUGGCGCCGCCCUGGCCCUCCGCAGCUGUCGAUUGUGCCGUUUGUGGACAUGCUGAACCACACAAGCCGCGCGAAUGCCAACGUUGUCUACCAGUGCGAGGACAGCGGCGACGUCUGCGUCACGGCCUCGCGCACAAUCGAGACAGGAGAGGAGCUGGUACUGCGGUACAACCACAUGGGUCAACGCGGGUGCCUGUUUGGUGACCAGCCCCGAUCGCCGCAACCUACCGCUGAGCACGGGCGCGGUCGAUUGUCUGGCAAGGCGGCUGCCGUGGCUGACGAAGUGCACCGCAUUGAGAAGCGCCAGUACUGGGAGCUGUACGCCUGCGACGAGGAUGAGGAGGCCGCGCAGCAGACGGGCCACACUCCCUCCACAAGCUCCACAGCUCGCACACGCAGCGGUACCUUCGACCCUGCGUCACCAACAGCUGUCGGGCAGCAGGAGAUGGCGCGGGAGGUGCAGUGGCUGUGGUGCUUUGGUUUUCUGCGCAACAACGAAGAGAAGAACCGCGAGGCAGCGCUGCUGUGGAGUCGCGGUCUUCGCAACCGAAUCGCGCAUCUGACGGAUGUCCGGCGCAAGGGGCGGCCUGGUGAGUUCGUAGUUGGCGUGCCAGAGGGACUCCAGCGUCUGCGCGAGCAGCGCGAGCAACUGGAGCGAAAUCGGUACAGCAACAACAAGGUGUUCCCCCCGCAGCAGUUGUGA